UCGAAUCAACUCUUUGAACUUGCUAGCUCAGCUGCGGAGUGGGUGCGUUUGCCGUGUUGACUUUUGACUGAAUUUUACAGAGGACGUCCGAAGUGAGGGAUGAUGCUUUAGUCCGUCUGUGACCAUGCCUGCAGCAGGAAUUCAGUCCAAGUGGAAACACGGUCGAUAAUCGCAAACGUGCGGGCGAACUGCUGAGUUUAGCCAACAAGCUAGUGUGUCAACAAGCGUCACAUAUUUAUUGUUGUGGCCGCGUGCGCCAUAAGAAUUCGGACGUGUCGUGUGUGUUUGAAAUCUGAUCAAGUCGAGGCCGGAGAGCAACAUGAGGCUUUUAAGGUUCCUGAGGAAGAGCGUGGCGGUCGGGAAGGACAUUGACUAUUACUCAAAGUUUUCUCCUUCGCCUUUAUCCAUGAAGCAGUUUCUGGAUUUUGGUUCUGAAAAUGCAUGUGAGAAAACAUCCUUCGCCUUCCUCAGACAAGAGCUCCCUGUGAGGCUGGCAAACAUCAUGAAGGAAAUUAAUUUGCUGCCAGAUAAUCUGCUGAGAACUUCAUCAGUUAGCUUGGUCCAAAGCUGGUAUAUGCAAAGUUUCCAGGACAUCCUUAAAUUCAAGGACAAAAAUGCAGACAAUGAAAAAGUCACACAUGAGUUCACAGAUGCAGUCAUCAAAAUCCGAAACCGCCACAACGAUGUGAUUCCCACCAUGGCUCAAGGCGUCGUGGAGUAUAAGGAAACCUACGGCACCGACCCAGUCGUCAGCCAGAACGUUCAGUAUUUUCUGGAUCGGUUUUACAUGAGUAGAAUAUCCAUCAGGAUGCUGCUGAACCAGCACACUCUCCUGUUUGGAGGGAAAGUGAAUCCUGCACAUCCCAAACAGAUCGGCAGUAUUGAUCCACACUGUCACGUCACUGAAGUCAUCAAAGAUGCCUACGAAAACGCAAGGAACCUUUGUGACCGCUAUUACAUGAACUCUCCAGACCUGAUCCUGGAGGAAUUCAAUGCCAAAGAGCCGGGAAGUCCAGUAACUGUAGUCUACGUUCCGUCUCACCUGUAUCACAUGGUCUUUGAACUUUUCAAGAACGCAAUGCGAGCCACGAUGGAGUUAUGUGGAGACACAAUGGAGUGUCCUCCCAUCCAGGCACAGGUGGCUCUGGGAUCAGAGGAUCUGACGGUGAAGGUGAGCGAUCGUGGAGGCGGCGUUCCCAUGCGUAAAAUCGACCGGCUCUUCACGUACACGUACUCCACCGCCCCACGGCCCAGCAUCGACGGCUCCAGCGGCGCUCCUCUGGCUGGUUACGGGUACGGCCUGCCCAUCUCUCGCCUGUACGCGCGGUACUUUCAAGGGGACCUGAAGCUCUACUCUCUGGAAGGCUACGGGACGGAUGCCGUCAUCUACAUUCGGGCGCUGUCCACAGAGUCCAUCGAGAGGCUCCCUGUGUACAACAAAUCCGCCUGGAAGCACUACAAGACCAUCCACGAGGCGGACGACUGGUGCGUCCCCAGCAAAGAGCCCAAGGACAUGACGACGUUUCGUAGUUUUUGAAGCAGAAAUGUGGCAGAAGCCCUUCUGAAG